AUGGAGGGAGAACCUGUUGCCAAGGAGAUAUCACAAUCGCCGGGUCAUCUGGGUAAAAUACGGGUGAAGGAGGAGCCGAUCGAUGAAUGGCCAAGUGCAAGUGACGAUUGUGAUUUCGAUUCGGUGGACUCGUCCAAAACCGAAAACUUUGAAACGUUGCCGCUUGAUAAAUCAUCAGCGAAUCACAUAAGUGAGAUUACGGCGUUAAGAGAAAAGUCAGGUGAAGAAAUAUCCAUAGAUUUUGAGUGCGAAGAUGUUAAACCUGAACUGUCAUCUCUAUCGACACGCAUUUGCAAAUCAGAAUAUCAGAGUUAUCAACCCAUUGUGAAGAUAGAAAACGAAAUUCAGUCAGAAGACACAAAUGAAGAAAUAUCUAUAGAUUUUGAGUGUCAAGAUGUUAAACCCGAACUGUCAUCUCUAUCGACACGCAUUUUCAAAUCAGAAUAUCAGAAUUGUCAACCCAUUGUGAAAAUUAAAAACGAAAAACAGACAGAUGACAUGAAUGAAGAAAUAUCUAUAGAUUUUGAGUGUCAAGAUGUUAAACCCGAACUGUCAUCUCUAUCGACACGCAUUUGGAAAUCAGAAUAUAAGAAUUGUCAACCCGUUGUGAAAAUAGAAAACGAAAAACAGACAGAUGACAUAAAUGAAGAAAUAUCUAUAGAUUUUGAGUGUCAAGAUGUUAAACCCGAACUGCCGUCACUGUCGAAAACGAUCUAUAAAUCAGAAUAUCGAAGUAACCUCAAAAAACACAUAAAUGCAGUUCACGAUCAAAUCAAACGCUUCGAAUGUGACACUUGUCACAAAUUAUUUAAAGCAAAAUGUGGCCUAAAAUAUCACCUGAGUGCUGUUCAUGAUCAUGUCAAACCCUUUGAAUGUGAGAUUAGUCAGUAA